AUGGCGCAAGCUGAGGCAGACAGGGCCUUGAUGAAAUUCAUGACCAUAACCGAUAGAGUAGGUCAGUUCGAGGCCAGGGUCAACACCCCAGCAGUCACAAGUCCGUCAAUCCACACAAGUAGGGUGCGACUCGAGCAGAUCAGGGCCCUAUGGGACAAGGUGGAGAAGGAAUACGAGGCGUGCUCCGAAGCUCUGUCCGGUCUGGGAUCCACAGACACAAUAACAGUCAUGCAGUCCAAGUAUGACUACUGUUAUGCCGUUUACGAGCGGUGCGCAGCGAGCCUCAACGAGAUCAUUGAAGAAGGUUCACGCUCGCAACAGGCCGUUCAGGCCUCCAUUCCGGCGCCUCCUCAGGGAGGGGUCGCAAAAAUCGAACAGUGUACCGACGGAAGCAAGUGGGGACAUGUACGAUCCGAAGACAAUCCAGCUGAUCUGGCAAGCCGGGGCGUCUCACCCCAAGAGCUGAAGGACAGCGCACUGUGGUGGCGUGGGCCAGCUUGGUUGCACCUCAAACAGGAGCAGUGGCCGAGUGAGUUGUUGGUCCAUCCGGAGACUGAGCUCGAGCAGCGCCCCGUCAAAUGCCACACGGUCGCAGUGCCCUCAGCAGUUGAAAUCCUAGAGAGGUUCUCAGCCUUUGACCGAGCUCUGCGAGUUCUUGCUUAUGUGUUUCGUUUUGUGAAAAGUUGCCGGAGGGAAGGUGUAGCCUUAUCGGCAGAACUCACUGCGGCGGAGUUGUCAGAGGUGCAGGAGCGGCUAAUUGUGCUCACUCAGAAGAAUGAGUUUCCCGCCGAAUAUAAGGUUUUGAGCAACAAGCAACCAGUUCCACCCGCAAGCGCAAUUUCGAACCUAAACCCCUUUCUUGACGGGAAUGGGGUCUUGAGAGCAAGCGGCAGGUUACAAGCAUCUGAAAUGCUUAGUUAUGAUGAAAAACAUCCGAUCAUCCUUCCUGCACGGUGUAGGUUCGCCGAACUUCAAGUCUUGUUUAUCCAUCGCAUAUCCUUGCAUGGGGGGAAUCAAUUAAUGAUCCGACUGAUCCGUUCCAAAUUCUGGAUUCCCAAGCUUAAAAUGUUGGUGAAACGAACAAUACAUUCGUGCCGAGUGUGUGUUAUUCACAAGAAGAGACUGCAGACGCAGUUGAUGGGGAAUUUGCCCCGUGCGAGGUCCACGUUUUCCAGACCGUUCACCCAUACGGGAGUGGACUUCGCAGGACCAUUUGACGUCAAGAGUUAUGUCGGUCGAGCCUGCAAAAUCACAAAGGGGUACGUGUGCGUUUUUGUGUGUUUUACUACCCGGGCUAUCCACCUCGAAGCGACCUCGGACUUGACUACAGAGAAGUUCCUGGCCGCAUUCUCCCGUUUUUUCGCUCGGCGUGGGUGUCCACAACACGUCUACUCUGACAACGGGAAAACGUUUGUCGGAGCUUCCACGUCCUUAUCAAAGGAUUUCAUUGAAGCUACCAGAACAUCGGUUUUAUCGCAGCACAGUCUUCAGAAUGUGUCCUGGCAUUUCAACCCUCCUGGCGCACCUCAUAUGGGAGGGCUUUGGGAGGCAGGUGUGAAGAGUUUCAAGUCGCAUUUUUACAAGUACACAGCCGCUGGGAAAUACACGUUCGAGGAACUGACUACCCUCCUGGCGAAGAUUGAGGCCUGUUUGAACUCCAGGCCCAUCUCGCCAAUGUCCGAAGAUCCCACGGACCUUAUCGCUCUGAGCCCUGGGCAUUUUCUAAUCGGUGGACCAUUACUUGCGGUAGCAGAACCUGAGGUUAAAGAAGGUCCCAGCUCCAUUAUCAAUCGGUGGCGGAGGUUGAAAGCCCUGAAUCAGCAGUUCUGCCUGCGUUGGAAGGAGGAAUACCUAAAGGAACUCCACAAAAGGAAUAAAUGGAAGUUCCCAACGCGAGAUCUCCAGGCUGGAGACAUGGUGGUGAUCAAAGAGGAGAACUUGCCAUCCAACGAGUGGCGACUUGGGCGUAUCCAAGUGGUCUGUCCCGGCGUGGACGGCAAGGUCAGAGUGGCAGACGUGCUCACAGCACGGGGGGUCGUCCGGAGACCAGUGGCAAAAAUGAUCCGCCUUCCAAUGGACAGCCCGAAUGAGUCGAAAGACUCCUCCAUACUUUAA